UGUUCAGAGAGCGAAAUAAAUAAGACUCUAAACCUGGGAAAAGAGUCAGGCGAAAGAAUUUACAAUAGGAUUAGGUCUGGACACGAGCAAAGACAAAGAGUGAACAUUUUCACGAGCGCCGGACAUAUCACAAUCAGAGGAAGGAAUUCAUAUAGCAAGCUUUUGUAUUGACAUUAUUUUUCCAUUAGAGAGGCGGGGAAUACAAAGCGACAAGCUAUCAAUUGAGACUUUUGAAUGCAUUCAAUUUGCAGCAGCUUCUUCUUGGAUAGUCGUUUAUACAGUGGACAUCACCAUUUUGAAGACAACGACAAGUUAUUAAGGCAUUACAUGGAUUAUCUGUGUUUUAGGACGCUGUGCUGUAAAGGACCUCCCCCACCCAGACCGGAGUAUGACGUCGUUUGUAUUGGUCUGACAGGCUCUGGGAAGACCAGUCUGCUGUCCAGACUCUGCAGUGAAGCCACAGACAACAUUGUCCCCACAACAGGUUUUAGCAUCAAAGCUGUGCCAUUCCCGAAUGCCAUAUUAAAUGUGAAAGAACUUGGAGGAGCAGACUCUAUUAAGAAGUACUGGAGCCGAUAUUACCAGGGUUCACAGGGGGUGGUGUUUGUCUUGGACAGUGCCUCAUCAGAGGAGGAUCUGGAGGUGGCCCGUACGGAGCUACACUCCGCCCUGCAGCACCCCCAGCUGUGCACACUCCCUUUCCUCAUACUCGCCAACCACCAGGAUAAACCUGCCGCCCGCACUGUACAGGAGAUAAAGAAGUAUUUUGAGCUAGAGCCCCUGGCGCGAGGGAAAAGCUGGAUUCUGGAGGGCAGCUCAGUGGACAACAUGGAGGCAGUGAAGGAGAGCUUCAGUCAGCUCAUUCACCUGUUGGAGGAAAAGGACCAGGAGACGGGAAGGAUAUGACCCAGAAACUGCAAUGCUUCACCGGCCCAUACAAACAAACAAUAACAACAACAACAACAACAAAAAAUCACCACCGCAUUAUAGGCCAGCCCAGGCAACAUAACCCCAUUCAAUAUUGCCACUGUGUGAAGUACAUUGUCACUCUGCUGUUACUGGAGCGCAGCCAGUUGCACAGUGGAAAGUUGAAUGUAUGCUCGUCUAAGUCCUAUGAGGAGCAUUAUGGAUACAUAUCCACAAAGAGAGAGGGCAUAUCACGUGAUCAACGUAUAACAACUUUAAAAAAACAAAAAAAAAAACAAAAAACCUACGUAUUGCCUAAUUACAGCAAGUAUAAGUAACGUGAUUAUUAGUAGUAAAUAUGGUUUUAACUGUCUUCUGUAAAACAGACAUAGUUGCACAUUGCUACUGAAUAGACAAUGUAAACACAAGCUUAGUUAUGUAGAUCAACUGGAAAUCAUGUUUUCUAAAUCUGUAAAUUGUCCUCUUCGCACUCUGUGUGUGUGUGUGUGUGUGUGUGUGUGUAUGUGUGUGUGUGUGUGAAGAGAGAUUCAAGUUUGUACUUAAAAGCCUUAAAAUAUGCUCAAAUGUAUAUUUCAACCAAACAUGUAUGUGGUCUCACAAAUAUCAUUCAAUGGAUAGGAAUACUAUACACAACCGUAACCUGAUUUUUUGGAAGUGGAAUGUUCAUCUGUGAUUCCUCUACCACUAAAAAGAGUCGUUUCUCUUCCUGUCAUGGUAUUUCACUGAUAUGCAUGAAGCUGCACCCAAUGUAGGCUACUGUAGAGAAUGAGUAUUAGAUACAUAUACUCUGGAAAUUGUUUCAAAGCAGGGGGGGAGGGGUCACUUUCAACAGAUAAAGGAUCCACAGUAAAGCUUGAUUGUUUUCAGUGGUGUCAUUUGCUAUCAAAAAUAGAUCCUCUUAUUGAAGGGGAGGGGUUAAGUAUUGUCUCUUUACCUACAAUGGUAAUUCUACACUACGCCUGAAAAUGUCGUGACAAGGUAGACCUGUAUACAACUAAAGAAAGUCAGUUUUAUGUGAAUAAAGUGUGAGAGUCUCCACACAUAUAGAUCAUGCUUGUCUGGGUCUGGCUCAUGUUACUGUUGCCUCCGAAUGUAAAAACACUCCUCAACUUGUCAGGUUCACCUCAUGUCAGUAGUGCCUCUCGUUUUAAUGAAGACUACGUGUUGUCGUUGUCCGGUUGGAACCCCUACCUCCAAACCUCACCACCCCUAGUCCACCCCUCUUCAUCAACAUCAUCGUCGCCCUUUUUAAACAGAGGGAACAGGCUCCAACUUGAGUCCAGUCUCUGUUCUCCAACUGUUUAUGUGCCACUGUUGUGUGUCCAAGAGCAAAAGUGUUCCACAAAAAGUCUACCAGUAUCUGGGAUGCAUUGUCUUUGUAGGAUAUAUGCUCAACGCCUUUUUGUUGUAUUUAUAGCUACCAAAUUUUUAUAUCUUCCUCGCCAAUUCAGAUGCCUUUUUGUAAUCCAAAAAUUUGUACAUUUGUUACAGAUUAGACUUGUUCUUUGAAAGGGCAUGUGCCUGACUUUGUACUGGAAGAACAAUCUACAUUUAGCAGUUUACUAUGGUGGCAUCAAGUCGUUCACAAGUUUUACUGUGUAUAUAUGUAAUUUAUGCAUAAUUUCCACUGAGCAACAUGGACA